CGGUAUCGUGGAUGUUUUCACAGGAAUUCAUACCUGUUUGCAAAAGCGUAUCUCGUUUCCAAGAAACCACAGUAUCUGGACAUUUGUAUCGGCUGUGGCGAGUUAAUGUGGCAGAAGGGGCUGUUGAAGAAAGGACCUGUGGCUGGCAGUGCUUAUGUUUUCCUCCUCUUAUGCGGGCUACCUGGAAACUCUAAGUAUAUAUUCAGAGCACAAAGGUCAGCAAUCUCUCAUCCCAGAAAAUGGACACGGACACAUCUCUCCCAGAACACCGCACUUCCAUCUGCAAUCGUUCUGGUGCGUAGAUGUUUUUUGCAUUUACUUCCACGAAGGCGAAGUUGAGGAGCCUUAUGUCAGCAUCACCCGGAAGAGGCAGAUCCCGAAAAAUGGCUACUCGGAAGAGAUUGAAAGAGAAGUGGGCCAGGCAGAGGGAAAGUUGUGCACCCACAGGUCUGCUUUCAGCCGGGCCUCGGUAAUCCAAGCCUUCCUCGGCUCAGCCCCUCAGCUGACCCUCCAGUUAUACAUAAGUGUCCUGCAACAGGAAGUCACGAUCGGGAGAAGCAUCUUCAUGUCCAUCUGCCUCCUGUCCAUCGUCUACGGAGCGCUCCGCUGCAACAUCCUGGCCAUCAAGAUCAAGUACGACGACUACGACAUCACCGUCAAGCCCGCCGCCUACAUAUGCAUCUUCUUCUGGCGGGGCUUUGAGAUCGCCACCCGGGUGGUGGUCUUGGUCCUCUACAGUUCCGUCCUCCAGAUCUGGAUCCUGCCCGUGGUGCUCCUCAACUUCUUCGGCUUCUUCUUUUACCCCUGGAUCCUCUACUGGCACAGCCGCUCCCCGUUCCCCGAGAACGUCGAGAAGGCCAUGAGCCGGGUGGGCACCAGCGUCGUCCUCUUCUUGCUCACCUUCCUGUACGCGGGCAUCAACAUGUUCUGCUGGUCGGCCGUGCAGCUGAAGAUCAACGACCCGGACUUGAUCAACAAAUCCCAGAACUGGCACGUCAUGGCGGUCUAUUACCUGCUGAGGUUCGUCGAGAACGCUUUCCUCCUCCUCAUGUGGUACAUCUUCCGGACGGACAUCUACAUGUACGUCUGUGCCCCUAUGUUGAUAGUGCAGUUGCUGGUGGCCUACUGCUUGGCCAUCCUCUUCAUGCUGGGCUUCUACCAGUUCUGCCAUCCCUGCAAGAAGCUGUUCUCCUCCUCCAUUUUGGACGGCCUCCUGGGGGGCUUCCGGUGUCUCCGUCGGUCUCGCCGCGAGCCGAGGCCCGGCGCCCCGGCAGAGGAGCCGUCCACGGACGGCGCCGACGAGGCGCCCGGCGGCAGCAAGACGGACGAUUCUCAGAACGGGGACCCGCUCUGCAGCGCCUCAUCCAAUGCUUGAAGGGCACCGGUGCCCGGUGGCACCGCCCCACCGAGGCAGCGAAGCUCUACACGGGGGACUUCUCUGCUCUGAGAUAGUCGCCCGGACCCGGGGACGGGAGCAGGAUUAUGUUCGAAGAGCCAGGGAGCUAGGACUACUGCCCUGGCCCUUUGCCAGUCUGUCUGCGUUCCUUCCACCGGAGGGUAGAAGAGGGGUGUGUCGCAAACCACAAGCGGGGGUGUCCUCCCCAAAAGUGAUGCCCUCGUUGACAAUCAGGAGAAAAUGCCCCUCGGGGACAUUUGGGGAUUCCAAUCUUCUUGCCCAAAAUCGAUUGCUCAUUGCCAUUUCUUGAGCGUUUACCGUGUAGGGAACACUGGAGUGAGCACUCAAUCACUUUCCAAAAUCCAGCAGAUCCAAAAUCGGGCUGGUCGAAGCCAGCAUUUUUCUGAAUGUCCUAGUCUGCCAAAUCAUCUGUGGUAUUUAUUGAGCUCUUAUUGGGUACAGAGCAGUGUACUGAGCACUUGGGAGAGUACAGUGCAACAA